AUGCACGUGAACAAGAGAAUCGGCCGGUUUAAACAAUGGGCCGGAGAGCGCAUGGGCGGAGAGGCCAAGACCUGCCAAUCUGAUAAUUUCAAGGCCAUGGAGACGGAGAUGGGCGUGCGACAUGAAGGCGUUGAUCGUAUUCACAAAUCCAUGACUUCUUAUGUCAAAGCCAUCUCGAAACGCAAUGAAGGAGACGAUAAGGAGAAGACACUUCCGAUUGCCCACCUGGGAAGUAGCAUGGUGGCACACGGAGAGGACUUCGACGGCAACUCAGAAUACGGACAGUGCUUGAUCAUGUUUGGACGCACCGAGGAGCGCAUCGCGCGCAUCCAAGAGAGCUACAUUGCGCAGGCGACUUCGAGCUGGCUUGAAUCCCUGGAAAGGUCACUGACCCAGAUGAAAGAUUACCAGCAAGCUCGCAAGAAACUGGACAGUCGCCGACUCGCAUACGACACCUCCCUCUCAAAAAUGGAGAAAGCGAAGAAGGAAGACUUCCGUGUAGAGGAAGAGCUGCGCUCCCAGAAAGUCAAGUACGAGGAAGCCAACGAUGACGUGCUCCGUCGUAUGCAGGACGUGCGACAGGCCGAAACCGACAACGUGAUGGACAUGGGCGCGUUCUUGGACGCUCAACUUGAGUACCACGAACGAUCUCGCGAGGCGCUGCUGCAGCUCAAGAGCGAGUGGGUCGGAUCUAACCAAGGUCAAACGUCCGGCCGCCGUCCUACACGGGCUCGCUCCAACACUGCCCACUCUUACCAGGAACGAUGUGAACCAUUGCAGGAAGAGAUGAUGAAUGCUGCAGAGACACGAUUUCCCAUCCAAUCGAGCAAGACCAUUGCGACACGAUAUGCCGAGUCUCCUCCACGAGAGAGUCCUCAACGUCCGGUUCUUAGUAGAGUGCCUACAUUUGAAGGCCCAGCUCAACUCCGACAGGACCACAGCCCAGUUGCUUCACAGUGGCUCCAGCAGCGUACUGCCAGCGAGAAUCUGACCAGCUUUGGUCGUCGCGGCAGUUCCCAAGUGGGCAGUGGCCGAGUCUCUGCUGAUCCAUACGCCGACUCCGAAGAGGUCAGCUCCUAUGGCCGUUCCAGUCCUGACCGGGUGUACAGCGGUGGCAGGUCGAUCUCUCCCGCAACAUCCCACGGCAGCGUCUUGUCUCGUCAGCCUAGCGCAAACAAUAUAAAUACUAUGGGGUUGAAGAAGGGCCCCCCUCCACCUCCGCCUUCACGUGCGAAGAAGCCACCUCCCCCUCCCCCACCAAUGAAGCGAAGCUUGCUUGCGGCACCAAAUGCCUGA